GAUUGAUGAAAAAGGAAAGAAUUUAAAAUUACAGAUGGCCAAAAAUAUUAAAUAUAUAAAUCUAACUAUAAAAAAGAUAAAGUGCCAACAUAUCUCGCUGUUAAUUGUGAUGCGAAAAAUUCCCACUGUUAACGCCACAAAAAACCUGGAAUGGCCCCACUGCAAGAUUCUGGCCACACUGAGUCAAAACUGAAACCGAAACUGGCUGGUUUGCGGAUCGAGUGUUUAUUAAUUUUUAAGCAAUAUUCGCAGACUAGCUUUGCUUUGCCUGAAUAAGUUAGUCAUAAAUUAAAGACGCGCCGGUCCAAACAGCACUUCUCUCAGAAUUUGAUAUUUUUUCAAUCGAAAACGAAAAAGGCCGAGUACUGAAGGAGAAGUGAAACGAAAAGCGAAUAUACACAAAUAAGCUUGUGAAUUCAGUGGAAAAGUGAUACAUUCGCAAGGAAAACGGCACAAUUUAAGCCAAAGUGCCGGAGGAAAAGCCAACUGCUGUCUGUGCUGCGGCGUCUCAGUGAAUUUUCCGUUUUCCGACCCACGACGAGGGUGGAAAACGCGUGAAAACCGAAACGAAAAUCCUGCGUGUGUGUGCAAAUAAUGUGAAUAAAAAUUGCCUGGAAAAAUAAAAAGAGUUCGCUAAAAAAUACAAAAACAAGAAAUUUAAACGAGAAAAUGGGAAAGAAGGCGGAAUGUCCGAUGGGCGAUUUUUAGUGCGGGAGCAGCUCAAAAAUCCAGUUUCGGGCUGCAAGGCGUGUCAGGAUUGAAAUCGAACCACCACCAACAUAACCAGCAGCAGAAGAAGCAGCGGCAGUACCAAAAACAACAACAUCAGCAGCAACGAAAACAGCCGCUUUAAGCCAAUUCCGUUUUGGCCCUUUUCCUGGUUAUUCCUGUUUGACUUCAUUUUCACCCAGCUUUCGCCGCAGAAUUUCGCAUUUCGGAAGACAAAAUGUCGACGCGCUCGCAAUUAACCAAGGACCUCAACGAAAGCGUCAAAUCCAUACUGGGUCGCCACACAAAGAUACUCGUCAAGUAUAUGGUCAAAUUGGAGACAAAAGGCGAUAAGACGGAGAAUCGUGUUCUGGUUUUUACUCCCGUGAGGGUAUAUUUGCUCAGUGCCAAAGUGCCCACCAAGAUCGAAUGCCAUUUCCACUACCUGGACAUUGUGGGCGUCGAAAGCAAGAAGCCCACCCACUUUGCCAUUGUCACCAGCGAUCGACCAUACUCGUUCGUUACUACCGGCGAUGCGGGCAAUUUCAGCUCGAACGCUGAUGUCAUUCUGAACGAUCUGGCCUCGGCCAUCAAGCAGAUAUUCCCAACAGUUCCUCUAAAAUACAUUAUCCGAAAGAUCGAUAUACAGCCUCCGGAACGGGAGACCGUAUUCUCCGAGGAAUUCCGACCUUCUGAUCCGCGAAAUGUGGGUCCUUGUGGGGGAUUCAGUGCCCAAUAUGCCUGCAUGUGCGAUUUCCACGGCGUUCCGUAUCGCGAGGAGGUGGCCUGGGAUGUGGACACCAUCUAUCUGUCACACGACACGCGAGUCCUGAACCUGCGCGACUUUGACCACCUGGAACCAAAAGACUUGAUGGCCAUCGUUUCGGCUCUGGAGUACAAUACGUUUUUUCGUGGGUUGAAGGCAGCCCACAUGCGGUUGUCCCACGAGACCCUGGAACGCAUCCUGCACGUCCUUAAGCGUUCGAUGUGGCUGGAAGAGCUGCAUUUGGAAGCAUUGGGCUUAAGAUGGGAUUUCCUGAACAAGUUAUCGAUAUCUGUGAUAACGAAUAGCAAUCCCGCCAUUCGCACCAUCGAUCUGAGCCACAAUAUAAUUGAGGAUAAAGGAGCAAGUUCAUUGUGCGCCCUAUUUGGAAAGAUUGUACAAGGUGCCAUUCAUCUGGCCGGGCCCAUUGCCAAGGUGUCCAAGGGCCUAUGCAAACUGGCCUUGGCCCACUGCGGACUUACUUCGAAGGGAGUCAACCAGAUGUCGCACUCGCUGACACUCAAUCAAAGUAUUUCUAAUUCGCUCACGUAUCUAGACCUAAGUGGUAAUAGUCUCAAAGAUGAUAUAACCAAUCUGCACAACUUCCUGGCGCAACCCAACGUGCUGGAGCACUUGGACCUGGCCUCGACUGACAUCACGCUGGAAAAUUUAUUUGGAGCUCUGUUGCGCGGCUGUGCCACGCAUUUGGCCCACCUGAACGUCUCGCACAACUCGUUCAGCACCAAAAAGGGCAAAGAGAUACCGCCUUCGUUUAAGCAGUUCUUCACCAGCACCUUCAGUUUGAAGCACCUUAACAUCGCCGGUUGUAAGCUGCCAAUGGAGGCACUUAAGAACUUGUUGCUUGGCCUUGCUUGCAACGAGUCAACAGCUGGACUUUACCUGGAUCUCAGUAGCAAUACUCUAGGCGCCCAAGGAGCCCAUGUGCUGGAGUCCUGCAUUCACGGAGUGCGAGUGCUGCAAAGCCUGGAUAUUAGCGAUAACAAUCUCGAUGCUGAGUUGGCACCCGUGCUAACGGCCAUUUCGAAGAACCCCUCGAUCCGGACGCUGCACAUGACCCGCAGUCUCACAGGCAUGAAGCCAAAGCACAUUCCGACAGUAAUGGACGCGCUGGUCAACCUUAUCCAGAAGGACGACUUUCCGUUGGCCGAACUGGUACUUUCUGAGAACAAACUUAAGCACGACCUGCACGACUUCAUCAACGCACUGGGCAGCAACCAAAGUCUUCAGAAAUUGGACAUCAGUGGAAACUUCAUGGGUGAUGUGGGGGCACGUCUUCUGGCCAAAGCUCUGCAAAUCAAUAACCGGCUGCGCACCAUUUACAUGGACAAAAACGGAGUAACGCUGCAGGGCUAUGCAGACAUCGUCUACGCUCUUGAGCAUAACCACAGCAUGCGCACCAUUCCCUUCCCCAUCUUCGAUAUAGCUCCACAUCUAAAGAGUCAUCCCGAAAAGACAGAUGCGGUAAUGCGGAAGAUGCAGGAGCUCCUGCAGCGCAAUUGCAACGGGUUAAAGCGGGCGACUGGCCAAGGAUUUCGGCUGCAGCACGGAUUCAUGCUUUCUUCCACGCACCAGCUGGUGGAUAAGUUAGUGGCCGAGACACAGGACACCAUUUCUAUGGCUAAGGGAGGCAGUGAUUCCGCUUCGGCGGUGCAGCGAUUGAUAACCGACGCGGAAAACUGCAAGCAACUGAUGCCCAAGCUGCAGGAGGCCGUUCGCAACGAAAGCCAUCCCAUCGAGAUGAAGCUGACCCGAGUGGCCAGUGAACUGAGCUAUACAAUCAAGAGUUAUCUGGAGGAGACACUGGAGACUAUGAUGCGCACUGGAAUCGAGCAGUGUCCCAAGACCUUGGGCAACCAGAUUGUAGUUCAGGACCUCCGCAAAGGACUCGCCGAGCGUCUGGUGGUGCCUGAGGAAUUUCUGCAGAUCUGUUUACUCAACAACGCCGGCAGCGAGAUCAUGAACAAAGUUUGUGAGAUUGAACAAUCUCUGGCCGCAGCCAUCUCGGAUCGUGCCACAGAUGAGGUGCUGGAGGCCUUGACCCGCUACCGCCGAGGUAUGGGCAUCGCGGAGUCGCCAUCGGUGCUGCUGGACGAACCGCAGACGCCGGACAUCGUGCGCAGUCGCUCCAGUCAUGAUGCGGAUGGUUUGAUCAUACGACCAGGUGGAAGAGGCUCGAUAUUGCCCAAACAGGGCUUGGAAUCGCCCACUAAAUUGGAAUAUCUCAACCUUGCUACCCCGCAUUUGCCCACCAAGCGACGCAGUUUGGCCAAGAAGGUGCGUCCCCAGUCAGUGGUGGAGAAUCUCAGCCUUGGUCACUUCCCUGACCUUUUAGAGUCGCCCUCCUCGCAUCGCUCCAAUUCCCAGUUGUCUGCCCGUGCAGCUGCAGGUGCAGCUGCUUUAGCGGGAGCCGCCAACAUGACCGAUAGUAUCUCGGCCAUGGACGACGGGGGAGUGGAUGAGUGCUGCGACUCCAUCACGGAGUUGCCAAGCGCCUCUUUCCAGCUGCAGCACCUGGUUAAAGGUCGGCCAAAGCGAGCCAAGACGCGUGCACCCACGCGUCCUUUAGUCAGUACUGAGUGUGCCGGGGGCAACAGAGAGAUCGGCGAAGGUCUGGAGCACUUUUUUCGGCCCGGGUCAGUAACUCCAACCACUCUGACUCCGCUGGUUUCGCCCACAUCGGAGGAAUGCAGCUCGUUGUCUUUUGUUGACAGCCCUACAAUGAGCCGUGAUGGCAAUGGACACAUGACCUCCGAGGAAACCACACCGAUUCUGGAGGAGCGCCGGCCAAUCAAAUUGGAGCGCCAGUCACCUUUGCUAAAGAGUGCAUCGUGGGCUACCCGAUCACGCUCCACGGACAAUCUGGAAAAGUAUUCACCUUUGGUGGGACGCAAAUCGCCACUGGUCAAGAUGCGAACAGAAGGAGGACCUGGUUCGGGUACUACUGGUGGCGCUGAUGAGCCGGUCAUGCCCAGCACUAAUUUUCUGAAAGUUACCGCCCGGGAGGAUAAAACACGUUCUCCCAGCAGCGAUUCAAUCAAGAAUCAUGCCACUGGCGACGGUAGCGUGAUUGUGAAGACGGGCAAUGGCAUCUUGCGAACGCCCAUUAUCCUGCAGAAGCCGCGACCAUGGUCGGUGGUAGGUAGCGAGCCAAAGGCAAGCGGAGAGCUCAUUACUGGCAAUGGUAACGAAUCCAGCAAGACCACGCCUGACAAACUGGAAGAAGAUGACGUUGAGAUAGUGACCUUUGGUACGAGCUGCGGUGGAAUAGCUUUAUCAGCCGGUGGCGGUGGCAGCAUUGUUACACCAGGAGGUGCCCUAGAAAAGAAGUCUGUGCGAGAACUAGCUGCGGGACUUAAUAGAAAGGAACUCCCCUUAAAACCGGCCGUUAUGCCCAGAACCCUGCUGAACACAGCAAGUUCCCGCACGACCACCUCAUCCACGGGGUCCGCCUCCAAUGGUGGUCCGGUUACCUCAUCCACGACCUCUAACACAUCGACAACAGUAUUAAACCAGAGCCAGACGCGAACGAGAAUCAUGAGCUCGACGAGCAGCACUAGCAGCACAGAGACCGUCACAGAGCACAGCAGCAUGAGCAGCUCGUCCAGCAGCCACGAGAAACAACAUGCCAAGGCAUGUGCGAGUCUGAUCAGCAAUGAGAUCCUAAGCAUGCGUAAUGGCCAAUUGGGAAGCAAAUCUGGAAGUUGUGCAGAAAGCGGUGGUGUGAAGCGGAUAGCUGGCAAGGAGAUCUCAACGCUAUUCGAGGAGACAUUAGUUGAAGAACUGCAGCAGAGCAUGGCGACCAGACGCAUGUUUAAAGACUCGCCCUACACCAAGGAGGAUGUCGUUGAUUUAUAAGUGUUCUAGUUAUAUGCUCAACAUUCCCUCACAUCGGCCCCUAGUCCUCCACCCAACCUGCCACAGUUUAGCGUGAUCGAUCGUAGGGGUGAUGAUUAAGUGAUUAAGUGAUGAUGAUGGAGACAGAUGGAUAGAUGGAAACGAGGUUGCAACUUAUUCGUACUGAACCAUUAAUUUAUGUGCAAUGGCGCGUGUGUGUUGUUUUUAUUUGGCAAUUUAGAAUGAACGUGAUUUAUUUAUUGAUAUAUAUACCCUGAUACUUUUAUCCAAAUUAACCUUUGCAUAUUUUUAAAGAUGUUUUGUGUACUAUAUUUUAUAUUUUUAUGUAUUUUAAAUGAGUUAAGUGCCAAUUAUAUACAGAAUUAACCUAAAUCUAUUUUUAGCGCGUGCUAUAUAAAAAUUUCAAUGAAACUAACGAAGAUAACGCAAUGAAUAUGAUACACUAUACAUAUUAUGUAAUACAAUUGCGUGCAUAAGAACUAUUUUAAUGGCCUAAACCUAAACAAAUCUAAAUGAAAUAUAAUAUUUUUUAUAACUGCUUCCAAAUACAAAUUUUAUCGUUUA